AUGCUGCGGCGAUUUGGGUCUGCACACGUUGUAUCCCUUUUUUCGCCCUUUUCCUCUUCUGCUGCAACUUCCCGAUGCCAGCAUGCGGUAGCUGCUCCUUCCGCACAGGAGAGUGAUGUUUCACGCGGAGCUGUGGAGAUGAAUUACUUUCAGGCCAUUAAUUCCGCCCUUGAUCAGGCACUCACCAGAGAUGAGAAAACGGUCGUAUUUGGAGAAGAUGUCGCCUUUGGCGGGGUGUUCAGGUGUUCCCUCAACUUGGCCAAGAAACACGGCUCAAAGCGGGUCUUUGAUGCCCCGUUGUCUGAGCAAGGCAUUGUAGGAUUCGCUGUUGGAAUGGCAUCUGUUGGGUGGAAGCCCAUCGCGGAGGUGCAGUUUGCCGAUUACAUAUUUCCGGCCUUUGAUCAGAUUGUGACGGAGGCGGCCAAGAUGCGGUUUCGCUCCGGUGGUCACUUUCACUGCGGGGGUCUCGUCAUCCGAUCGCCGAGCUCUGCCGUCGGGCAUGGAGGGAUGUACCAUUCGCAGAGCGUGGAGGGCUUUUUUAACCACUGCGCAGGCAUAAAGAUCGUCAUGCCCUCCACCCCAUCCGAAGCAAAGGGGCUGCUGCUACAGUGCGUGGAAGAGGAGGACCCGUGCAUCUUUUUUGAGCCCAAACGUCUCUAUCGUGCCGUGGUGGAGGCAGUGGACCCCGGGUAUUACACGAUUCCGCUCGGCAAAGGAAGGCUUGUAUGCGAGGGGAGCAACGUCACGGUUGUGACAUACGGCGCGCAGGUUGGUGUGGCGAUGAAGGCCGCUGAGCUCGCGGCCCAGGAUGGCAUCUCGGUGGAACUCAUCGAUCUCCGUACCUUGAAACCGUGGGAUCGUGAGAUGGUCUCGGAAUCCGUCCGAAAAACAGGACACGUUAUUGUGACCCACGAGGCUUCCAAGACGAGCGGGAUUGGGGCCGAAAUUCUUUCCUGCAUAACAGAGGACUGCUUUCUUUCCUUGGAGGCCCCACCCAUGCGUGUCUGCGCUCUUGAUACACCCCAUCCCUUGCACGAGCGACUGUAUUUGCCAAAUGAACUGAAGCUUUAUGAAGCUAUUAGAACUGUGACUGGUUGCUAG